GGGGCGGAGUCACGGGCAAUUGAGAACUGCAUCUUAAAACAGGAGAACAGCGUCUUUGGAAGUCGUGCUGUAAGUCAUGCGAGAUAUUUGGCCUCAGUGAAAUAACUGCAAAUAUAUAGGGAGUGAGAAACAGCGCCUGAGGAUCGCCAUUCAACAUCUCUACAGCCUACGUAGGAGUUUUUGAGUAUAAAUGGCUGGCAGAGGUACAAACGGUCGUCAUGGGUUGCGGGGCCACGCAGGGAGAACCGCAGCUCUAGCCCGGCUUCUUCAUAAGGAAUGCAUCCAACUCCUGGAGUCAUACAGAAACAGGGAAUCACUGCCGUCCUCACCGGUUGCCGGAGAUUAUUUAGUAUCCACUCCUCCGUUGGUUCCUCAGCUGUCAGAUGCAGAAAAAAUAUCUAUCCUGCACGCUGCGCUCAAGGAGUGUCUGCGACUUCUGGAAGAUGUCAUUACCCGGGAGGACGCAGAAUUUUCCGAUGAAGACAGCGAGUAUAGGAGAAAACGGAAAACUGUCAGGGACCGUCUGGGGCACCUGUUGGCGAGCACAGAGCAGCUACUAGUGGAUGGCCAGAAAUUUGAAGCUGAAGUUAAAGAGGAGCUAGAUGGUCAGGCGGCCAGUGGGAGUUUCGGUCUGAAGAUGUGGAUUGUGCGAGUGCUGCAGGACCUCGUGCACUGGACUGGCCAAACAUCAGACACCCUCCGCUCUCUGCCAGCAGAGAUGGUGAAAGCACCAAAGACAAUGUCCCGAAGGACAAGAAGAGGCGCCGGGAAAAUAAGGAAGUGAGACUAGAUCUGUGAACAUAAAAAGAGAGUGAAAGGGUGGAGCGGAAGAGGACAGAAUGAUAAGAAUGAGGAGAAGGAAUUUCAUUACAGCAUGGAGAAUGUAGAGAGUCAGAGGAUCUGGAUGCAGUCACUGGAAUUCAGCAUUCCAGCAUGUGGAAAGCAGCAGGGGUGGGUCUGAACAAGAUAUUAUUUUAUGAAAGUUAUUUUAAUAUAUUUCUUGGUCUUUGAAAUAAGAUGUUAAACUGUAGCAAAAAAUGUAAAUACCUUUAAAGAUUAAUCAAAACUCUUACAUGUACCGUAUGGUUUUAUUACUCUUUAAGAUUGUUGACCAAAUAUCUCCUUUUUUGUUUGUAUAUCAAACUUGCUGUAUGCAUUUAUUUGCAUUUAUAAGGGAUAGUUCACACAAAAAUGAGAAUUCUGUCAUCAUUUACUCACCCUCAUGUCGUUCCAAACCUGUAUGCAUUACUUUCCUUUGUGGAGCACAAAAGAAAACAUUUAAAUAUAUUCAUCUUAUUCUAUGUACAGAUUUGGAUGGACAUGAGCGUGAGUAAAUGAUGACAGAAUAUUCUUUUCUUUUUUUCGGGGGAACAAUCCCAGGAAAUUUCUCUUCAAAAUGAUAACCUACUGAUACAAAUAUCUUGAAUAAUCUACUGUACAAGCAAUGUAUACCUUAAAAAGGCUGCUUCACAUUUAUCAUACAAAUGCUUCUUAUUCCUUACAUGUGCAGUGUUAUUAAAGGGUUAGUUCACCCAAAAAUGAAAAUAAUGUCAUUAAUUACUCACCCUCAUGUCGUUCUACACCCGUAGAACCUUCGAUCAUCUUCGGAACACAAAUUAAGAUAUUUUUUAUUAAAUCCGAUAGCUCAGUGAGGCCUGCCUAGACAGCAAUGGUACUUUCUCUCUCUCAGUUCAUGUGAGUUCAGUGGUUCUACCUUAAUAUUAUAAAGUGACGAGAAUAUUUUUUGUGCGCCAAAAAAAACAAAAUAACGACUUUUAACAAUAUCUAAUGAUGGACGAUUUCAAAACACUGCUUCGGAGUGUUAUGAAUCUUUUGUGUCGAAUCAUGAUUCGGAUCACAUAUCAAACCGCCAAACUGCUAAAAUCACGUGACUUUGGCACUCCGAACCACUGAUUUGAUUCGUAAAGCUCUGAAGCUUCAUGAAGCAGUGUUUUGAAAUCGGCCAUCACUAAAUAUUGUUAAAAAGUCGUUAUUUUGGGGGGGUUUUGGCGCACAAAAAAUAUAUUUGUCGUUUUAUAAUAUUAAGGUAGAACCACUGUAGUCACAUGAACUGAUUUAAAUAUGUUAAAUCUUCUAAAUAUUUAGUACCUUUAUGGAUCUUGAGAGAAGAAGUACCAUUGCUCUCUAUGCAGGCCUCGCUGAGCCAUCGAAUUUAAUCAAAAAUAUAUUAAUUUGUGUUCCGAAGAUGAUCGAAGGUUCUACGGGUGGAGAACGACAUGAGGGUGAGUAAUAAAUGACAUUAUUUUCAUUUUUGGGUGAACUAACCCUUUAAGUGUACCAUCUGUUGACGUUUGUUUGGAUUAAUUCCUCUAUCCACACUCAUGGAAUACUCAUGCCCUCUGCUGGCUGCAUAAAGUUCUGCUUUUUAUUCCAGGUCAACUUGUCAGAUGUGACUCUGGUCAUCUAGUGACAGAGAAAGGUCUACAAACAAGCCCUUUUUCAUGAUGAUUGAAGUCAUCGUUCCUUUACACUGAUUUUAACAUGUUCGAUAUCUACUCAAAAUCUAUAUGUUAGCGAGCCUGGUAUGGCCUAUGACUUAGGAGACAUACUGAAUCGAAGAAAACUGGUGGAAGAGCAUUAAGGAUUUAGCACCUGGUUAUUGUAUGAAGAUGACUGGAAUUAGUAAAGAAAGAAAAACAUUACCAUUUAAUAAUUUAUUAUUAAUAAAUGUGUUUUAAACUUGCACUGCAAUAAAUGGCAAUAUCUGAA